UACCCCAAUGGCACGUGACGAGCCAUCUCUGCUUCUUCUCAAAAGUUCAAAAAUCAAAACUUUUAAACUCGCCCCAGGUUCACCCUCCAAGUAAAUGUCUUCUCUUUGUAACCCAAAGACUCAACCUUUUUGAGUUUUUGUGUAUGUUUUUUCAGAGAUAAGGAGAAAAGGGUAGUUAGUUAAGUUAGUAACCUUUUGAAAGAUGGAGGCUUUGUUGAAGAAGAAAGAUGAUUGGACUGAGGAUGUGAGUGAGUUGAAUAGUUCUAAUGGCGGUGAGUCUAAGGAGAGUAGUGGUAGUAAUAGUAGUAGUUCAAGUGGAUCAAGUUCAGGGAAUUUGGUUGAUAAAAUUAAGGUUAAUAUUAAGGCUAGAGGGUCAGAGUCAGGGUCUGCUUCAGCAUCAGCUUCAGCUACACCUCCUCCUCUUCUGGGUUGGCCUAUAAGGAAAGCUACUAUUACUACUUCUCCUCCUACAGUGUCAAAGAACUCAGAUGUUUCUAACGGAAAUGGAGAUGAAGACAAGAUUAGUAAUGAAGAUGACAAGUUUAAAAAACUGGGUUCAAAGAUUAAUGAGAUUGAAAUGAUGAAGGAAAGGUUUGCAAAAUUGUUACUUGGUGAAGACAUGUCAGGGUCAGGAAAAGGGGUUUGCACAGCUUUGGCCAUUUCGAAUGCCAUUACCAAUCUCUGUGCUACUAUAUUUGGGCAAUUGUGGAGAUUAGAGCCUAUUCCUGAGGAGAAGAAAUCCAUGUGGAAAAGAGAGAUGGAGUGGCUUGUUUGUGUUAGUGACCACAUUGUUGAGUUGAUACCCUCUUGGCAAAAUUUUCCAGAUGGAACUAAGCUUGAGGUCAUGACUUGCAGGCCUAGAUCAGAUAUUUUCAUCAAUCUCCCAGCCCUGCGUAAACUAGAUAACAUGCUUCUUGAUAUAUUAGAUAGUUUCACCAACACAGAGUUUUGGUAUGUUGAUCAAGGGAUUAUAGCCCCAGAUGCUGAUGGAUCAGCCUCCUUUCGAAAAACGCUGCAACGCCAGGAGGAGAAGUGGUGGCUACCUGUGCCCCGUGUGCCUACAGGUGGUCUCAGUGAUAAUUCUAGAAAGCAAUUGAAUCACACCCGUGAAUGCACAAAUCAAAUAUUGAAAGCUGCUAUGGCCAUUAACAGCAGUUCUUUAUCGGAAAUGGAAGUUCCAGACUCGUACUUGGACACUCUUCCAAAGAAUGGAAGAGCUUGUUUAGGAGACCUAAUUUAUAGGUAUAUUACAUCUGAUCAAUUCUCAGCAGAGUGCCUGCUUGAUUUCCUUGAUCUAUCCUCCGAACAUGUCGCUCUUGAGAUUGCAAACCGUGUUGAGGCCUCAAUAUAUGUGUGGCGUCGAAGAUCUCACUCCAAGCCCCUAACAAAUCCAAACCGAUCUACUGCAAAAUCCUCAUGGGAAAUGGUAAAAGACCUAAUGGUUGAUGGAGACAAGAGAGAGUUUCUAGCAGAAAGAGCUGAAAGUCUUCUGCUUUGCUUGAAGCAACGAUUCCCCAGUUUGACUCAAACAACCUUGGAUACCAGCAAAAUCCAGUGCAACAAGGAUGUUGCAAAGUCCAUUCUUGAAAGCUAUUCAAGAGUUCUGGAAAGCCUGGCAUAUAACAUUGUGGCACGUAUUGACGAUUUGUUGUACGUAGAUGACUUAACCAAGCAUUCAGAAAAGUUUUCAGAAAAGUUGUCAUCGGUUCCUACAGUUAGUGUAAUUGCACACAAAAAGGUUUCAAUCCCAUAUUCGGUGCCUGUCUCGGGCACUCCCUGCAGAACAGCAAUUACCACACCAAGCUUUUCACCUGCACCACUGAUCAGCCCUGCAAGGGUAGAGAGAACUCCUUUUCUUAAGAACAACAACAACAACAACAACAACAACAACAAUAGCAAGCCUUACCGCCGUGGCUUUGGAGUGAAGAGGGUCUUGACUAAUUAUCUUGGAGUUGAUUCAAAACCAAAGAUAUGUGGCAAUCCAACAGAUGGUUCAUCAGUUCUGAACUCUAGCAGUACAGACAGCUCAGGGAAUCAAAAGGAUCAAAAUACAUCAAAACAAUCAUCAGCAUACCAGAAUGGGAUCAGAUUGCGACAAAAUCCUCCGCGAUAUACAGUCACUUGAGAUUUUUGCUGAGAAAAGCAAAACAAUAAGAUGUGACAAAUAGAAUUAAUGACGGAAAACUUGUGGUUGUUGUAAAAUACUUAUGUGUAUGAGUUAUAUUUUAUAUUUUUUUGGUUGUGUUCCUCGUUCUUGUAGUUAAUUUGAAGCAGCAGUUAUUUGUAUCAAAACAGCCUACUUUUUUAUAGGGUGCUAACCGUGUGUUAACGUGAAUGCAAGUGAAAUGAGACAAAAUAUAGUAUGAGAUGCUUGGUUGUGUUUUCUCUUCAGAAUCAUAUCUCUAGACCAAAUGCUCGAAUCAUAUAUCAACC